GUUUCCGCAGAGCUCUUCCGGGGUCGGCAGUGGUGCACGAGUUUGGAGUCUGUUUAUCCAUGUUAUGCUGUUAAGUCACUGAGUGCCCUGUCCAAGUCCACGGUGUGUGUUUUUCGGUGACCACGGGCUGAGUUAUGAACCCGCUCCUCCGACAGUUGCAGAUGUCUGUCACACGGCCGGCGCUGGUGUUGAAUCAAGCACUUACGUUAUGCAGGGCCACACCAUCCAUCCAGCAUCCUGUUUGGUGCACGGCUUCUGCAAAUGAAAGACAGUACAGGAGCAUGCCAACCCACAGGAUUGGAAGGUGGAAGUAUCUUGUACCUAAACAAGCGCCAAAGAAAAAGAAAGACAGACACAAGAUGAAACCGAUCAUUCCUGCGACGAACAGAGCAUACGGGACUCUGAAUGUGACGGUGUCGGGUUACGACAUGACAAUGGUGGAGCACUACUCCCAGUACAUCCACAACCUCUGCAACCGACUCGGCGUCCAAGUGGCAGAAAGCUUCGCUUUACCAACCAAGACCACAGAGGUGAUGCUGGUACACGAGCAGGGCACCAAGAUGGAGGCUGAUGCCGUCCUAAAGACUCAUCAAAGAGUUGUCCAGAUGAGCAGCCUCAACGCCGCUCUGAGCUCCGUCUUCAUGGAUGUUCUGCUGAAGAAUCAACCAGAGGGAGUCCAACUGUCUGUGAAGGAGCAAACCGAGGCUGACUAUCGCGCACGCUUCAAGGAACGUCCAGAGCUGCUGGGGCUCAUGGCUCAGAUCAACAAAUAGGAGCUUUUCUAGUGCGACUCUCCUCAUUUCCAAAACUGUACGUGACACCAACUUCCCACCUCGUUAGCAGUCUGAAUUUAUUUAUUGCCUGAAAUAACUGUACUUAUUUGUAUUUGACAUUUCUUUUGUGACCUUUGGGAAAUAAAACCUAACCUAAACCAUU